AUGGUGAUGUCGUCGGUGGUGCCACAUGAAAUUCAAGCCGCCUCUUUAAUAACUUUUGUCGUCGUCAGAGUACGGUGGUGGAGAAGCCUGACUCUUGAUCCUAUAAACCUCUCGAAUACUCUCCGCAUACACUUGGAAAUGGCGAUUAGGAGGGGAGAAGCCGGUGUCGGCGUCCUCAGGAAUAGAACCAAUGGAUCUUGCUUCCCCAUCGCUGUCCUCAUCUUCUUGGCGUUCCUUGUGUUCUCGUCUUUCGUCUUCGGCCGCGGCCUCUCUUCAUCUGCUUCCAGUGAUAUAAACGAUUCUGUAACAAGUUUCAAUAAACAGGACCUAAAUUGGAGGGAGAGGCUGGCCUUGCAACACGUCAAAUCUUUAUUCUCAAAAGAGGUAAUGGAUGUCAUUAAGGCAAACAUGGAUGAUUUAGGGCCUCUGAGUCUUGAGUCUUUCAGAAAGAAUAAUUUGUCCGCGUCAUGGAAACUUGUUGGCCCACAAACUGUUGCUGAUACUAACGUGGUUUCAGCUAAGUCAACUGAAGAAGCUGCAAAUGACAAACAAGAAACCUCUAAAGGCAAGCAGGAAGAUAUUUUAGAUAGGGAUCAUUCUAGUUUUUCUGAGACGCCUUCCUCACUGGCCAGAAGGCGCUUGAGAGAAAACAGACGUGAAAUACGUGCUGCUGACUUGGUAAAGCUAGAUGAUGAAGUAACUGUGAAGCUUGAAAAUGCAUCCAUUGAGCGUUCUAAGUCAGUUGACUCUGCAGUCCUGGGUAAGUACAGUAUAUGGAGAAAAGAAAAUGAGAAUGAAAAUCCUGAUUCAACUGUUCGCUUGAUGCGAGAUCAAAUGAUAAUGGCAAGGGUGUAUAUAAGCCUUUCUAGGAUUAAACACAAGACUGACUUGGCCAAUGAGCUGCAGAACCAGAUCAAAGAAAGUCAGCGUGCUUUAGGCGAGGCAACUGCAGAUUCUGAUUUACAUACGAGUGCACCUGAGAAAAUUAAAGCUAUGGGACAAAUCCUGUCAAAAGCUAGAGAGCAAUUGUACGACUGCAAGCUAGUCACUGGGAAGUUAAGAGCCAUGCUACAAUUGGCAGAUGAGCAAGUGCGGAGUCUGAAAAAGCAGAGCACGUUCCUCAGCCAGCUAGCUGCAAAGACAAUUCCAAAUGGACUUCACUGUUUAUCCUUGCGCUUAACAAUAGACUACUACCUUCUUCCACCAGAAAAAAGGAAGUUCCCUCGAAGUGAGAAUCUGGAAAAUCCAAAUCUCUACCAUUAUGCCCUCUUCUCUGACAAUGUUCUUGCAGCUUCAGUUGUUGUCAACUCAACCAUCAUGAAUGCUAAGGAACCCGGGAAACAUGUUUUUCAUCUUGUUACUGAUAAGCUGAAUUUUGGAGCAAUGAAUAUGUGGUUUCUGUUGAACCCACCUGGAAAAGCAACCAUCCAUGUUGAAAAUGUUGAUGAAUUUAAGUGGCUUAACUCAUCUUACUGUCCUGUUUUACGUCAGUUGGAGUCAGCUGCUAUGAAGGAGUACUAUUUCAAGGCAGCUCAUCCCACCACGCUUUCUGCUGGUUCUUCUAACCUGAAGUACAGGAACCCAAAGUAUCUUUCAAUGCUCAACCACCUCAGGUUUUACCUCCCACAAGUUUAUCCCAAGUUGGAUAAAAUCCUUUUUCUUGAUGAUGAUAUCGUUGUUCAGAAAGACUUGACUGGAUUGUGGAAAGUGGAUCUCAAUGGAAAAGUUAAUGGAGCAGUUGAAACCUGUGGAGAGAGCUUUCAUCGUUUCGACAAAUACCUAAACUUUUCUAAUCCUCACAUUGCUAAAAACUUUGAUCCAAAUGCUUGUGGGUGGGCUUAUGGAAUGAACAUAUUUGAUCUCAAGGAGUGGAAAAAGAAAGAUAUAACUGGAAUAUACCACAAAUGGCAGAAUAUGAAUGAAGACAGGGUUCUAUGGAAGCUUGGGACACUGCCACCAGGGUUGAUGACUUUCUAUGGGCUUACACAUCCACUUGAAAAGUCAUGGCAUGUGCUCGGUUUGGGUUACAAUCCAAGUGUUGAUCGGUCCGAAAUUGACAAUGCAGCUGUUGUACAUUAUAAUGGGAACAUGAAACCGUGGCUAGAGUUGGCAAUGAUGAAGUACAGGCCAUAUUGGACCAAGUAUAUAAAGUUUGACCAUCCAUAUAUACAGAGCUGCAAACUCGGGGAAUAG